AUGGCCGGUGACCACCAAUCGAAACCAGAACAGGUAAGAACUGAUGGAAGAUGCAGAAGAAUCGGCGCCGGCUUGUGCGAGCUCCUCCUCGCCUCCACGGCUGGCCAGGAGCUUGACGACGCUUCUCACCAACAGGCACACCCUUUCCCCCUCGCCGCCGAGGCCGGCCAGGAAAGAGUGUCGCCCGUCGCUUCCGCACCUCUUCAAGAGGCCCGCAAGCGCUUUCCUCGCAUCGCCGCUGAGGAACGAGACCCCUGCCGCAAGCGCGCCUUGGACGAGGUUGACCCGGAUCCUUACGUGAUCGGGAACAAGCACCAGAUGGGCAGGACCCAUACCUCACGCCCCGAUCUCCCUUCAGCCAGCGCCAACCCACAGGUUGUGGAGCGCGUCACCCCGCUGCAAGCCGAGGUCGGGAUGAAUUCCUUGAGAAACUCGCCUCCCGGGGCCAAAAGAACAAGGCGCCCGCGCUCGAAGCCGGUUCAAGCGGUGCUCCCUCUUCCAAACGCUCCCGGAUGGAAGUCGGCGGGAAAAAGGCCCGCUCUCAAGAUUUCCAAGAGCGCGACCGGCAUGAGGCCGGAGACUUCGGAGGACGCCGCCAAGGCCUCACCUCCUCCUCAACCAAAAGCUGAAGACACCGGCGCCAGCCACACCGGCGGUGGCACUGAAGAAGCCGAGAGGGCGGAACCUCUGGUUUCCUCUCCCCUCCCGAAGAAGAAGAAGAAGAAGAAAGCUCCUGCUUCCUCCCCCUCUAAGACCGUGCCGGAUUCUUCCAUGCCGGCAAGCUCUGCCCCGGCAAAGGAAGCACCUGAAGCUCCUGCGCCAGCCAAGACCACACCAACAUCUCCUCCGGCAACCUCAGCCGGCAAGCCCGCUUCCGCUAAGCCAAACCCUCCGGAAGGCACCAAGCUCUCCGCGCAGGAACUUGCUGCGGUGGUGACCGCGGCGACCUCUCCAUCCUCCGGCUUGCAGUCCCUCGUGCUGCACGCCGGCCGUGCCGCCAUUGUGGCUGGUGAGACGGCCUCAGCUCAGUUGGGCCGGAUUACCGAGCUCAAACGCGGAGGUGCCGACCUGGGGCACCUGCUUGAUUACGCUGAAAAUUGGAAUCAGGCAGAUCUGUCCCCAGCGACCCGCGGCCUGGGCAAGGACAAGCUUCCGGUGGUUGAUCCCGCCGGCCCCCGGAGCACCGGGCAACAUUUCAGCCGGCUCCGCCGCGCGAUCCGGGAGUUCGACACCGCGUGGCACGAUGCCAACGCCAACGUGGUGGGCACCUUGGACACCCGGAAGCAACUCUUCGAGGAGCUUCUGUGGGAGCACCGGUUUCUUGCCGAUGCUCACAGCAAGUCCCAAGCGUUCCCGGAAGCCUCCCUCGAGGGUCUCUCCGCCCAGCUCUCCGCACUUAAGGCUGAAAAGGAGCAGCUAGCCCUAGAGCACCGCAAGGCUCUGGAUGCGCAGCGGGCUAUCACUGCCGCGCUAAAGGAUCGGCUCAUGGAGGCUGAACUUCGGCAUGCGCGGGAGCUUAAGAAGGUCCAAGCCACGACGGAGGCCAAGCUGGAUGAGUCCUUGAAGGAGUACACGAACGCCACCGCGGUGCUGCGGACGGAGCUAGAGGAGGAGACCGUGGCGCGGAAAGCGGCGCAGGACCGGAUCGCCACGCUCAACACCGACCAGGCCAAAUAUGACCGGUUGGUUAUGCAGAUCGACGCCCUCGCCCUCAGAAUCUUCCCGGACUCUCAAACGCAUGCGGUCAAGAAGGUAGCGGAACGUAGGGCUGAGCAUGCCAUGAGCAACCCAGAUGCGCCCUGGGAUGGUUAUGACUACUUGGUCGCGCUCUCCGCCCGGAUCCAGCAUAUGCGCUCUGUGGACCGGCAUCUUGUCGAUCUACCGGAUGUUGCCAUCCAGAUCUUCAAGGUGCUGUGGCCUGGGGAAGCAGUGCCUGCCAACAUAACGCUCACUUCCGACCGCCUGAAGGACGCAGAUGCGGCACUACGCAUCGCCUGCUCUUGGUACGAAGACUUGGAUCUGGAUGCUUUCCACAGCCUUCACGGCGAUGCGCCCACAGAUAAGGAUCCAGUCCUCACUGCCAAGCGCCAGGACCGCGCCUACCGGAUAGCGGAGUUCGCCCACACGCGCACCUUCAUCCCACCUCCCCCCGACGUCAGGGACGCACUCUCUGACGACGAGGAAGAAGACAUCAAGGACGAGGAGGAUGAGGAAGCUGAAGAAGGCGAUGCAGCCCCGGUAGAAGGCGAUGCCCCUACGGAAGCUCCUGAAGCCGGCCAGCAGCCCCCUGCUGUUUGA